AUUGACAGUUUUGGAAAGGAAAAAGUUAGCGGUGGUUGCUCUACAGAUUCCUCCAGGAAAAAUCUCUAGUUUUUGCGAAUUUUUCCAUCUAAUCUUGUUUUUAAACUACAAAUUAAUAAGUUUAAAGUAAUACUCUAUCUCUAGUGAGUGUGAGGAAAGUGUUUUUAUGGAAGAAAAAGUUGUAGCGGCUUGAGAAUCAAACAAAACAAGCCUCGGUGAAAGUGGUUAGAUGCAGGUUUGAAUGAAUUUUUACGCCCAUCGUCGUCUUGCCCUGUCUCGUCAAUUCUUUUUGUUCAGAUUGCACAAUCUACAGGGGCGAAUUCGUUUGCUGAUUAGAAUAUAAUGAGUGGUUGCGGGCUGCUGGUUUCGGUGAUAAAAACCCUCGAUGCCAGCGAGACAAACGAACAGCGGGAGCGCGAGAAGCUCAAGAUCGAAAAGGAGUUCCGAAAGACCGAUCAGCGGUUGAAUGAACUUGUCUCGCGGAACGAUGGAGACCUCACGAGGGUUAUGCAGCUGUUCGGGAAGGUGUCUACUCAGGUUACAAGUUCCCGGGAGCGGAUCCACGUGGUGAAAGAAAAUCUCCAGACAUGCAAACAGUUGCUCCGAUGUCGCCGGGAAGAACUGAAAAAGCUCUACACCGAUGCCGUUCAGCACAAGUACGUCCUGGAGAUGCUGGACCAGGUCAACGAACUACGGAAGACUCCUCAGCAGUUGGCCGCUUUCAUGGCCAAGAAACACUAUCUGCAUGCAACGAAACUCCUCAUGUCGGCCGUCGAAGCGACCGAAGGUCCCCUUAAAGAUGUCGAAGGGCUGCAUGAUCUACGGCAGGAUUUCCAGAACAAGCGGCAACAACUGUACUCAAAACUACUGGAUGAACUCUGUAGGCAUUUAUACGUCUCGAGCACGGCCGAAGUCUUACAGAAUUUCCAACGACAAAGCUCCGGGAGGAUGAGUAGCUCAGCUGCUGCCGCAGCUGGGGCUUCUCCUUUCCAGCGAAAUGUCCUUCGGCGUUCGGCUGAAAGAAUGGAAGCCAACACUAAGGCUAGGAAAGCACUGUUUGAGAUCGCUCAGAAUGGCUACCUCGACGUCGAUAAGAGUGAAAUCAUCGAAGAUACGGACCUCCUGGAUCCAGACGUCAAUACAACGUAUUUCAUAGGAAUCAUCAUCGAGUGCUUUGCAUUGCUUAAUAAAGUGCCUGAAUCGAUAGAGUCUAUAAGAGUACAAAUGCAAAGCGAGCUGCUGACGAUCGUCACCAAAUCCACGCAUCACAUCAUGACACUGACCCAGCAGCAAAACCAUAAUCCAUAUCAGUACCAGCAGGUGGCCUCCCCACCCCCAGCAAACAGCGCCGAAGAACUUCCCGAACAAAAUGUUCCCAUUUUGGAACUACUAGAGCUGGUAUUCAAGCAACUGAAACUGAUCGCCAAUGCUCACCAGUUAACACUGAAGAACUAUCACAACGUGAUGCACCGGUACAAUCUAAACCAGGUCAAAGCGUACGACCUGAUCGAGUACUGGGGCCAAGCGCAGGCCGUCCUCAAACUGGUCCUUACGGAUUAUCUGGACAUUCAGAACGACAGCAGCGACGAGUUGAUGCGGGCGCAGUUUACUGAGCAGACCACAAACAUCAACACGUUCUUCAGCCGGCGAAAAGUUCAGGGCAAAAAGAUGCUCUUCAAGUUUGAUAAGUCUUCGCACACGGCGUCGCUGGAACCGGAAGCCAGUGCCAAGGAGCACCGGCGAAACCCAUCGAAUGUUUCAAACAGCUUGGCCAAUAAGGAAGACGCGUUGAACCAGUCUGGGUUGAACGGGCAGAACCUGCUGAACACAAGUUUCAAUAAGCAUCAUUUGCCCGCAACUCCGGGUGGAGCGGAUCGUAAGAAGCGGGAACGAGCUCUGGUGUGCACUCCGGACGCCGGCUUGGUUCGACAGAUUUAUCUUCCGAUGAUGGGUUACAUUCACGAGAUUGAAGGAUUCAUGAAGUGUAAAUCUGGUCAAUCGUGUAGUCUAAACACUUUCCUCGAUAACUAUGUUAAGGAUGCAUACCUGGCUCGAGGUCAUAACCGCAAUCUUCAGCUGACCAUUGAGUCCCUUUCGAAAACUCAAGACGCGUGGCGGUCGAUAAUUACACCGGAGGAAAUGAAACGCUUGGGACUGACCCGGCCACUGCUGCAGAACACUGUGCUAGUGGAGAAUCGAAUCUCCGAAACCAAACGGCUCAUCCAGGAUCUGCCGACCUACUCGGACGAGUUGCUGAAGAUGGUUUGUUCGUUGUUGAAAACGUAUCGGGAAACUUGUCAGGCGGCCUACCGGGGUAUCGUUCAACCGGAAACGGAAGACAAACGGAUCUACAGUGUGGCGUGGCUGAAGGAUGACGAUAUUUCUCGAUUCCUCAAAUCCCUUCCUAACUGGACCGAUCUCAAGACAUCCAACGCCAGGAUGAAGCAACAGACCGGCCAGAAGCGACUGAUGAAACCGGAGCCCUCGGAAGAGGAAAGUCCCACCGCCGUACAGCAGCGAAACGUUCGGGAAGCGGAAAUGCUAACCAGUAAUCUGGGCGAAGGUGGAAUCUCCCAGCAGGAAAUCCUCUCCGACGUGGGCGUGCUAAAAGAGCUGGCCAUCCUGCAGGAAAGCAUGGAAUGGUUCGCCGGUAGGAUAACGGACUUUGCUAAUGAUCUGCGGAAACCAAUUGUGAACGGAAUGGUCGGCGGAGGUGUAAGCGCUUCGCCGGUUGUCGUAAAGGACGGUAUGAUUAAGGUUUUGAUGAAUUUGGCGUUGGAGUUCGAAGAGUUGGCCAACACGUGCUUGUUGGUGUUGCACCUAGAGGUGCGGGUACAGUGCUUCCAUUAUCUGAAAUCGAACCCGUCGGAUAAGUUCAAGCCGAACAAUCCGAACAAGAACGACUCGCUGGAACCGGAUGCAAAGGUGCUGAAGCUGACCAAAGUUCUGUCCGAUAUGGACGAGGCAUUGAGUUCCACGCUGCAUCCAAGGAAGACUAAGUACGUUUUCGAAGGACUGGCCCAUCUGGCGUCCCGCAUCCUCAUAAUGGCAGCCAACUCGAUGGAGUACAUCGACACGGCGGGCGUGCAGCGGAUGUGUCGCAAUGCUUUGGCUCUACAGCAGACCCUCAGUAGUAUCACGGCUUCGCGAGAAGUUGCGCUCGAUUACGCUAGGUCAUUCUAUGAAAUGUUCUACCUAGAUCCAGAUGAAAUUCUAACCUCCAUCAUCGAAAAGGGUUCCCAGUUCACCGAGAUGCAGUACUUGAAUGCUUUACACCUGGUUUGCAAAAAUCGUGGUAUCGUCGAUCAGAACACGCUGGCCAUGUACCAACAGAAACUGAGUGACGUCCUCGGGACCAAACCGGGCCUCGGCGUGACGGUUUAGAACGGCUAAGACAGACAAGGUAGGAGCGCAUUUACGGGCCACCACUCGUCAGUAGUGUAUUUAACAAGAAUUAAAACAUAUAAAAGUGCUCUGUUGCAGCACGGUAACGCUAAACGCUAUGCGAACUAUGUUGAAUGCUAUGGGGAAAAUACGUUGUUAUUGAUUAGAGGUAGAAACUAACCAAUUGCUGAUAAAUAUAACAAAGAAAGUUACACAGAGUUUAUUGUGCAAGCAGCAACAGCGUGUUUGUUAUCAAUUAUGACAAAAUGUUAGUGCUACUGUUUGUUAGUAGUGUUUGUCGAAUUAGGGCUACAAUGGUGUAAUGACAACAAGCAACAAGUGUUCAUUUUGCAGUAAGAUUCUACCGGAAGGAGGAGCAAGUAUGUUGAAAUUCUGUUUGAAAGGCUACGUUUGCCUUCAGUUUGCGUACGUUUAAACCAGUAAAAAGAAAGAAAGUGAAGUUCUAUAUCAUUCGACAUUAAUAUGUUUCCAAAAAUAAAUUAUUUCUUUUGAAUUAAUUGCUUUGUUAUUUGCAAACGAUUGA